UUCAACAUCCGUUAUCGUCCAGGAAAACUCAAUGGAGACGCCGAUGCAUUGUCCAGAAUGCCUAUGAAUAUUGACGAUUAUAUGAAAACAUGCAGUGAAGAGGUUAAUCGCGACGCUUUCCAAGCGACUGUUUGUGGAGCAAAAGUACAGGUCGAACAGUUUCAAACAUCUUUGCUCUUUCCUCCUGAGAUUACUCGAGCGGAUGUUAGUUUAAACCAAGCAUCUAUAAAUUUGAAGACAGCACAGAAUGACGACGCAGAUAUUGACCGCGUCAUAACACUUAAAAUAGCGAACACGUAUUUGUCUCCUCAUGAAAGAAAGCAGGAAAGCCACACUGUACAGCAGCUGUUAAGAGAAUGGAAUAAGUUAAAAGUGGGGACUGAUGGAGUUCUGUACCGACUAGCAGGAACAGUCCGUCAAGUUGUACUACCUGGACGUCUACGUCAACAAGUUUAUAAAGAGUUGCAUGAAGAGAUGGGUCAUUUGGGUUCUGAACGCGUUAUUGACUUGGCUCGAGAACGAUUUUUUUGGCCUCACAUGAAACAAGAUAUAACUCACUACGUCACGAAAGUCUGUCAUUGCUUAAAGAGUCGGAAACCCGUAAGAAACCAACGUGAACCAUUACAUCCAAUCGUAACCACCGCACCCUUCCAAAUGGUCUCUAUCGACUACCUUCACCUCGAAACAAGCGUAGGGGGCUAUCAAUACAUCCUGGUUGUUAUGGACCACUUUACGAGGUAUGCUCAAGCUUACGCGACUCGUGACAAAUCAGCCAAGACCGCUGCAGACAAACUCUAUAACGACUUUAUCUUGCGCUAUGGCUUCCCUGAGAGGAUACACCACGACCAAGGUGCUUAG